CUGCAGUCGGUUCGAUGCCUCGCUCUCGAGCCUCCCGUCCGCCCCGCGCCACCGGCGUUGCGCCGGCCGCGUCCGCUUGCCAUGAGCGCGAGUGGCGGCAUUGGCGGUGGCGACAGCAGCAGUGACCCGGAGCGGUGGGCGAGCCUGAGCGGCUCCGAUCUCUCGCGCGAGCUGGCGCGGCGCUCCACGCUCAGCUCUCGCGUGCGCACGUCUGCGCCCGUCCGCUUCUCGCUCGCGGCAGCUGCCGAUGGCCGGCAAUUUCUUGUCUCGUUUGCGCGCUUCUGGACGGGCCUCGGCGCGGCGGUGCCGGUGAACCGGCUCAUGCUGGCCCUGAUCGUCGCGGCCUACGGGCUGCAGGGCGUCUGCGGCCGCGCAAUGCUCUACGCGGGCGCGCGGAUGAACCAGGCCAUUCUGGUGGGGCAGUGGCACCGGCUGAUCACGCCGAUCUGGCUCCACGGCUCGCUGAUGCACCUCGCCUCCAACAGCUACUCCCUGUGGCACCUGGGCCCGCAGGCGGAGGCGCUCUUUGGCGCCGAGCGCUUCCUGCUCCUCUACGUGCUCUCGGGCGUCGGCGGGAACCUGCUCGGGCUGUGGAUGGGCGCGGCGAGGAGCAUGUCGGUCGGCGCCUCUGGCGCGGUCUUUGGCCUGAUGGGCGGCUUGGCCGGCCACGCACUUCGCACCUACGGCGUCGCGGGCGCGUCGCAGACCCUCUCGUCCGUCUCGCGCAUCCUCCUCCUCAACCUCUUCAUCGGCAGCCGGCGCGGCUCGGGCAUCGACAACCUCGGCCACGUCGGCGGCUUCCUCGCCGGCGGCGCGCUCGGCGUCCUGCUCGCGCGCGGCUCGCCCGGCGACCGCAGCGCGAGCCGAGGGCCGGUGUGGCGCGACGAGCCCCGCGACGAGCCGCGCGCGGACUCCACCUCCGCCGCCCUCGGCGCGGUGGCGGUGCGCGCGGCGACGGUGGCGGUGUGGGCGGCGCUCGCGCUGAGCACGCGCGAUUUUGCGGCGAUGACGGCCAACCUGCGCGCGCGCGGCUUGCGAUGA